AUAUUAAUCAUUCAUCACGUUUGCGGAUUGUUCGACAUAUGCGGGUAAGUAUAACCAAAAUUUUGUUACUUAAUCAAUAUAAUUCGAUCAUUAAACGGUAUACGUGAGAUUUGAUUUCGAGAUGACAAUGUAAGGACUGCCGCAGCAAAAUGGCGGCCAUAUUGAAGACCUAGUACUACUCCGUAUUUUUCCUAACGCUUCUCGUUAUUUUCCCUUCUAUGUAUUCCAUUACAUUUGCGACGAUUAGUGAAAAUAUUUGUGAUCAACACCUUAACAAUUGUUUCGCAAACAUUUCGCUACUUCAUUUCAUCUGAGAAUAUAUAGAAUCUCACCGCUAAACCAUUGUUUCUGUAACUAUAAAGAUCAGUUAAAACUUUUCGGUCUUGUCAAUUCUAAUAUUUUGCAACCCCAAUGUUUAGAUACCAGAUUGAAACGAUUUUCAAACGCAGGAAUUUGCAAUACGAUCAGUUCAAGCAGUGCGUGAUUUAUCAUCACAAAGCUCUGGAGUUAGUAUCGUUUACAGUGUAAUUUACUGUACAUUAACGAAACGAAUCUUACUGAUCUUUCUUACGAUUUUAGGUAUUUUAAUUACCUACAAAAAUGUACUCAGAAUAUGUUCCUACUGUUGGUGGCAAUGAACAUGAUACUCAUCAGCACAACGGGAGUUCAAGUAAAGACAUGCGUGUACUAAAAUUAACACUAUAUCAAAUUUUAUUUAUUUUACAGAUAUUAAUGCAUAUUGAUCAUCCUUUGGACAGUAGCAGAUUCGUCCUGUUCUUCUGUUGUUGUCAGUUUCAUCUGUACGUUGUCAGUCUGUUUGGUCAGAUCAUACUGAAUCACAGCGCUCAGUUAGCGGAAAAAAUAUACGGAUCCAACUGGUGUGAGGUGCCGAUCAAGUUUCAGAAGUCACUUUGUUUCAUGAUAGCGAGGAGCAGCAAACCAUGCAUUCUGAGCGCAGGAGGACUCUAUGACAUGAACAUGGAGAACUACGGAAAAGCAGUGAAAGCGUGCAUGUCAUAUUUUACGAUGUUUCUGUCAAUGAGGGAGUGAGUGUAAACCUGACAAUAUCAACUAAUGACGAUGAAACGGUUGUUACCGAUAAAACUAUCAAAAAUGGAAAUGAAAAACGCAGUGCAUAUUCUGUGUACAAAGGAGAUUGCAUUUCAAGUAAAAAAAUAUUGAAGCAUACAAUGAAACAUUAACCAGCUUACAAAAUCGUGAAUCAUUAACAUGUGUGAACAUUGAUGUAUUAUAUUAAUAUUCUCGUAUCCUGAAAUAAUAAUGGUUGUAUGAUAUGUCAUGCAUAUUGACUACACGACUACGUAAUAUAAUUAAUAUAGACUCUCACUACUUUGACACUAAGUUAUUUGCACUGCACCUCUGAUGUGUGAAACUAUUGUUGACAUGUGUAAAAAUAAACUUAUUAUAUUAUACUGAAACUUUGCUAUUCUGAAAUAAAAUCGUUGUACUAUAU